UGCUCUCCACACUCUCGCCGCAUGCUGUAUGACUCGGAAGCCUUUUGAUUCUGUUGCUUUAUCACGGGUACCGUCGAAAAGCGAAUCAAGAUGACUGUCACGAUUCCUGGUUUUACAGUAGGCGUUCUCGCACUGCAGGGCGCCUUCAGCGAACACGUGCAGCUUUUGCGACAAGCGGCGAAGGAAUUGAAGCAGCGGAAAUGCGCAGACAUCGAGUGGGAGUUCAUCGAAGUACGCACACCACAGGAGCUGGCGCGAUGUGAAGGCCUGAUUAUCCCUGGGGGUGAGAGCACGGCUAUGAGUCUUGUGGCUGCGAGAAGUGGGAUACUGGAGCCGCUGAGGGAGUUUGUGAAAGUGCAGAGGAAGCCCACGUGGGGAACAUGCGCCGGCCUGAUCCUGCUCGCCGAAAGCGCAAACCGAACAAAGAAAGGCGGACAAGAGCUCAUCGGAGGCCUCGACGUACGGGUGAACAGAAACCACUUCGGCCGCCAGCAGGAAAGCUUCCAAGCGAGCCUCAACCUCCCAUUCUUGGGCGAUACCGCUGACAAGGGCGCCGACCAGCCGUACCGGUGCGUGUUCAUUCGCGCACCUGUCGUCGAGAAGAUACUGCCUCAUGCGAAUGGUGUGCAGACGGAAGAGGAGGAGCGCGCCGAGACGGUCGUCGCGCCAAGUAAGACGCCGGUCGAUGAGCUGGCGAAGCAGCAGUUGAGUAAGGACGUUGAAGUUAUGGCGACAUUGUCGACAAAGACGGAAGCGUUGCAGGAGAACCAGGAGCAUGACCAUGCUGGGAAGGAGGAUAUCAUUGCGGUGCGGCAGGGCAAUGUGUUCGGCUGUAGUUUCCAUCCGGAGUUGACUGAGGACCCGCGGAUACACGUGUGGUGGUUGGAGGAGGUUCUGAAGGCGGCCGAGCGGAGACAGACUUUUGAGCUUGCCGACCGUACAAGGUAGGGCGUUGAAAGCAUAGCAUAGCGCACAGCAUGAGCGAAGGCGUUCAGAAGACAGGCAGGCGUUCAGAAGACAGGCACUAGUUUGUUAGAUGUAGAGUACCUAGACCGGGCAUAUCCUGUGCUCUUGCACAAAGCCCUAG